AUGAGACAGCUAGAUAUGAUGGUGGUGGAGGCAGCAUCGGAGCUUGCUGCUGCUCUAGCUACUGCAUGCAUGCGCGAUGCAGAGUCUGCUGCUGCUGCUGCUGCUGCUGCUGCUGCUAACGGCAGCAGUGGUACCGAUGCUAGCAGUGCAGCAGCAGCAGCAGCAGCAGGAGCAGGAGCAGGAUUAGAUGAUAUGAUUAAAAGUAUUAAUAUAGAUGAAUAUGAUCUACCUGCUGCUGCUGCUGCUGCUGUUGCUGCUGCUGCUCCGGUUCAUGCUGCUGCUGCUACUGGUGCUGCUCCAGCUGCUGGUGGCGCUGCUGCUGCUGCGGGGCACGCAGACGCCAGGGCAGCUGCAGCGGAUGCAAACGACCCACGUGCUGCUGCUGCUGCUGCUCACACACAACGCACAGAUCCACGCAUGCAGCAGCAGCAGCAGCAGCAACUGCAGCAGCAAGCAACAGCAGCAGGCAGCCACAUUUCAUCUCUUCUGGCAGGAGGAGCAUCAGCAGCAGUAAAAGAGGAAGCGAUACACACUGACACCCCAGCUGCAGCAGCAGCAGCAGCAGCAGCAGCAGCAGCAGCAGCAGGGGUACCUGGGGGCCCCUGUGCUGCCUCGGGGUCUGCGCUGUGGGGGGCCCCCACCCAGGGCCCCCGCCAUUUUAUUUAUUUAAUGCCGCAGCAGAACCUGCAGGUGAUGAGACAGCUAGAUAUGAUGGUGGUGGAGGCAGCGUCGGAGCUUGCUGCUGCUCUGGCUACUGCAUGCAUGCGCGAUGCAGAGUCUGCUGCUGCUGCUGCUGCUGCUGCUGCUAACGGCAGCGGUGGUACCGAUGCUAGCAGUGCAGCAGCAGCAGCAGCAGCAGCAGGAGCAGCAGGUGGAGCAGUUGGUUCAUCUGGGUUGGGUAUGGGUGUUUCUGCUGCUGCUUCUGCUUCUGCUGCUGCUGCUGCUGCUGCUGCUGCUGCUGCAGGAGCAGGAUUCCUAGACUCUACCACCGCCAGCAGCGGCUGGAUAUAUCUCAUUCCCUGCUGCCUCUCUGGCGGGGGCUCUUCCUUUUCUGUGGGGGGUACAGUGCGGCUGCGUGCAGCGAACCGCGUGGAGCCUGGCGACGCCACGGAAGGAGCAACCAGUAACAGCCAUAGCCACACACAAACGAAUGCACACACAGCAGGGGGAGGAGAUACGGGGGCCCCUCUAUCUGUUGCAUCUCUGUUGUCUCUAGCUGCAGCACAGGCAGCUGCACGUCAGCAGCAGCAGCAGCAGCAGCAACAGCAGCAACAGGGGCGUGUCUGCGGGGGAUCAACAGCAGCAGCAGCAGCAGCAGCAGCAGCAGCAGCAGCAGGGGGCCCCAAACCCCUCGGGCUCCCGGGGAGGCCCCUCGAGGCCCACAACCCCUUCCUAGGGUACACCGCAAUUCUCCCUUUUCUAUCAGAAGAGCAGUUCAACCACGUUCGUCGUCUGCAGCUCAAAGCAAUCAAAAAAAUAAAUAAACAUGCAAGGGGUGUGGGGGGCCCCCCGGGGGCCCAGGGGGCCCAGGGGGCCCCGGGGGCCCCCCACACCCAGCUAGACGCCCCCAAGGGUACAGCAGCAGGGGCGGGCAGGGGGGGGGGAGGAACGAACAGUAAUAGCAGCAGCAGCAGCAGCAGCAGCACAUGCAGCAGCAGCAGCAGCAACACGCGACAUACUAGCCGUGAUCUUAACCAUAAAAAUAUGGGGGGAGUUGCUGCACCCAAGUCUUCAGCAGCAGCAGCUGCUGCUGCUGCUGCUGCUGCUGCUGCUGCUGGUGCUCCAACUGCAGCACAUAGAGCAGCAGCAAGUGCAGCAACAGCAGCAAACGCAGCAGCGAGAAAAAAAUCUGGGACGAAUGCUGCUGCUGCAGCACCUGCGGCAGCAAAAGCAGCAACUCGAGCAGCAGCAACAGCAGCAGCAGAGGUGCCUCCAGCACUACCAUCGGCAGCAGGAGCAGCAGCAGGAACAGCAGCAGCAGCAGCAGCAGCAGCAAGAGCAGCAGCAACUGCUGCAUCAAGAGGUGGGAUAGAAAAAGGGACAGAAGUAGAGAAUGCAGCAAGCAGCAGGGGAGAGGGUACGGGGGGGGGGAUGGGGGGAGGGGGGGCCCCCGAGGAUGGGGGCCCCCAGCUAGAGGCCGGUCGCUCUUCCUCUCCACCUGCAGCAAAGGAUUCUCCCGUGUACAACAGCAGCAGCAGCAGCAGCAGCAGCAACUGCAGCAGCAGCAACAACUGCAGCAGCAGCAGCAACAAGGAGCAACCACACCGUGUGGGGAUAGAAGGAGACGUCUGA